AUGGUUUCCCCGACCACGGAAGCCCAGACCGUGGAACUCUUCAGUGACAUGGGGAAGACCCACGGCCACUGCCAGCUGAACCUCGGUAAUCGCGGUCGGGAGCCAGAUCCUCCCGGAAGUAGGCACUUCAAACCCCUGAUCUCGUUGAUCAUCGAUUGCGCCCGCGGCUCCCACAUUCUUGAACUGCCUGCUAUGGCGUCAAACUCGACGACGCAACGCCUCCUCCGCGAACUGAAAGACUACACCAAAUCCCCGAACGAGGCCUUGCUCCAUCUAGGUCCAGUAGAUGAAGAUGAUCUCUUACACUGGGAAGCAGUCCUGAAGGGCGUCAAAGGCACACCGUACGAAGGCGGCCUCUGGGGCCUCAAAAUCACCAUCCCACCGAACUACCCCCUCGCGCCGCCCAACAUCCGCUUCACGACUCGCAUCUCCCACCCCAAUAUCUCCUUCACAACGGGCGAGAUAUGUCUCACGCUCCUGACGACCGAGCACUGGAGCCCUGUGUACACGCUCUCGACGACGUUGACGGCCAUCCACCAGUUGCUCACUGACCCGCGGCCGGAUUCGCCGCUGAACGUCGAUGUGGCGGCGCUGCUGCGCGACGGGGAUAUCCCGGCGUGGGAGAGUGUCGUUCGAUAUUGGACUGAGGAGGAGAGAUGGCAGGGGCAGGGGACUGUUAGUCGAUGA